AUGAAUUUUUUUCGUUGCAAUUGCACCAAUAUUGAAUAGGGAUUAGACAUACCUAAUAGUAAUCUCUACAUUGAACAAAUUAUCUUGCAUUCGAUGAACUAAGAUAAGGUUAUAUCUUUGACGAUGGAUCUAAAUGUAAUUUUGGAAGGAUUCAAGUUAAACAGGAAGAAGGAUUGUCUUUAUUUAUAAAAUCUCAACGAUUUUAAGGAGGAUCUGCAUUACACAUUGACCAAAUUGAAUCAAUAGUUUUAGUAAUUUUUGGCAAUUUAUUAUGUUAGGAUCCCUUUAAAAAAUUAGGACGACAGUAGUUAAUAAUUUUAUUUAAAUUUAAACUUGUAUGUGUAUGAAGGCUGUUAUAAAUUAUUAUACUUAUAAUAAAAGGACUCUUACUUCCAUAAGGAUGGCUAUCUUUACGGAGAAUGGGAGAUCAUGGGGUCAACUCAAGAUAUUCAGAUAGAAUUCAUAUGUAAUAUUACAAUUUAUUUUUGAUUCUUAGAGGAUAAGACUAAUUAAGGGUAAAAUAAUCAUUUACUUAGAGAUCUCACCAAUUGCGCUCAAAAUCAAUACACAGAACAUAAUAUCGAAGACGAAAACCCCAAGAUAAUGUACUCGAUAAGCAAGACACCCAAAUUAAAAAGAAAGCGCUGA